UGUGAAAUCAAAAUUUCCUCCCCAAAUCCCAAACUCUCCGAAGAUUUUAAUUCCAGAGAGGUCACGUGCUAUCACAUCCGAUUCAUCAAACAAGAAUCAAAGACAGUAAGAACGAAAGUCACGUGCCUAAAAAUGGCGGCCUCUUCGCCCGCCGUGACGAAAAGCAUCAGCGAAACAACCACCACCGCUAUCAAGUCGACAACGACGACGGCUACAGCUGCUGCUGCUGGGGUAACAGCGACGCCUCUUCCUCCUCCACCGUUUCAGCGUAUGGAUACUCCGCCUAAGACACAGCGAGGGCUUAAUAAACCCAAAUGUAUUCAGUGUGGCAAUGUUGCUCGCUCCAGGUGUCCGUAUCGCUCGUGCAAGAGUUGUUGCUCGAAAGCCCAAAAUCCAUGCCAUAUUCAUGUUUUAAAAUCAAAUUCAGCUUUUCCAGAGAAGACACCGUCUUCAAGCACUCCGUCAUCAGACCAGAAGUCAACUCAGGCUUCUUCUCAAGCGACUCCCUUAAGGAUUCCCUCGUUUCGGCAACUUUCCAAUGCUUUUGCACAGUUUGACAAUCUGCAGGUCCGCACAAAGAAACACCUGACCAGAAAGGAUGCUGUUGCCUUAAAUGAAUGGAGGUUUUCCAAGUUGAAGGAAUUCAAGGACAGAAAUAUUGAAAUUGAAAACGAUGCUUUUGACCGGUACAUGCAGAAUAUUAGUUUACUUGAGGAAGUCUUUUCUACAAAACCUGUGCAAGACGGGUCCGAUGAGGAUGAAGAGUCUAAGCCUAGCUCCACUUCACAGGAAGACGAGGCCUUGGCAAUGACUUCAGGUCUGAAGUUGGCGCUAAGAUCGAAUCCUGUGAGAUCUGAUAACACCAGAAAGAGGAUACUGCAAAUUGUUGAUCAGGGAAUAAAAAAGCUUCAGAAAAGUGAACCUAACAAUGGAGCUACUGAUCCAGAUGAUCAAAAUAAACUCGAUAAUAGGUUGAAGAAGGCAAAACCCUUGUGGGUCGAGAGAUCUUCAAUGUUAAGUGAUAUCAUGGACAAGUUGAACAAAGCUCGAAAUGAAGAGGAUAUAAAAUCUUGUCUAGAGAUGAAAGCACAACUUUACAAUCAAAUCACAAUGUCUACUCCAACAGAAAUUAAAGAUUCCGACACGUUGAACGAGCAGGACAUAAAGAACAACAGAACUCCUGGAAAAGUAGCAAAUUAUCCAAUGCCGAAAUUGUUCGCAUCAAUGGAAAUUGAUCAAGAAACUCUCAACAAAGUUGAUGCACAUUUCUCUUCCCUGGAGCAGAUUGAAGACUUAUGACUGUAAGCAGUAUAUUAUUCUCACAACCACAGAUUACUAGUCUUAGGUUAACCUGUUAAGUUAUGCGAUGGUUUGAAUUUUCCACCCCUUUUAGACUUAGUAACAGUGGCUUAAAUUUAGCCGAGUUAGUUGAUGCAGUCAUUUUAGAAGGUAACCUUUAGCAGGUCUGGAGUUCUAAUUUCAACAUCUACAACCCUUUUCUUUAUUUUUGAACUGCAGGCUGCGAUUUCUUUUGUAUAAAAAUGCAGUGAUGAUUUGAAUUUUCUGCCCUGUUUUAGGCUUAGUGAUAGUGUAAACUAGCUCGGUCGAUUCAUGUACCGGUCUAGAGUUUGAAGUUGCAGGCUGAAAUUUCUACCCGAAUUUAAUAGGUUUUGAGUUUGAAUUUCGAUUUCUAUAAUAUUUUUUAGACUGCGGAUUGUGAUUCUUAUGUAUAAAAAGAAACAGUGGCUUAAAUUUAUUGUUGUAAUUUAGGCUCUCUUCUCAUUUGUGCUUAGUGGAGAAGUUAGUGUUGUUAUACUGCAACUACUUUAGUGUAAUCAAUUUAAAUGUAAGAUAUAAUUUUAUUUACUUUCA